AUGGCUGCACCAAUGGAACGUAUUCAAGCUCUGGAAUUAAUUGAGAAAGACAUAAUAACAUGUUUACAAAGCGCUGGUCAAGCAUUAUUGGAACUUAGUAAGGAAAAAUCCAGUUUGAAACAAGUAGAGAACCAAUCACACCAGUUCUUAAAGAGUUUGGGUAAUGUAGAGUCAAAACUAACUGAACAAAUUAAUUACUUGACUCAAGUAUCUACUGGACAGCCAUAUGAAAACAGCGGGUAUGCAUCACAAAAAGUCCUCCAAAUGGCUUGGCACCGUCUUGAACAUGCAAGAAGCAGGGUGAAAGAAUUGGAACGUUCUAAAAAUAAGUAUCUUCAGGAUCAAGAACAAUUGAAAGGAAAUGUCUCAAAUCUAUUAUAA